AUGUCCCAACAAAACAUUCUCAUCGUAGGCGCGACGCGUGGCCCAGGCAAAGAGCUCGCCAAGCAAUACCACGAAGCCGGCCAUAAUGUGUCUGGGACAGCUCGCUCCGAGACGCCGGACGAUCGUCUUGGAAUCCGAUGGAUCACCGGUGUAGACGUCUCUGAAUCCCAAGCCGGCACCACGAUCGUGUCUGGCCUGCGGAAUGAGCAGCAAGAUGUUGUUAUUGUGUCUGCUGGAUACUUUCCGAAAGAGUCUAUCGACGAGCCCGACUUUGACAAAGAAGUCUUCACGUACAAAUCUAUGGAAGGCGGGGUUAUUGAAGCAGGGCAGCAAAGUCAUCAGGCGUUGCUGUAG